AUCGCUUUGGGCCGGCUGGUGCGCGACGGCGUCGUCGACCCACACUGCUUUUACGUGUACUUGCGUGUCUGGCAUAGCUAUGACCGCAUCAACUAUACCGCUACCGGUGCUCUUCUUUUUCCUGAACCCCAGGAACUCCCCCAGCCACUGCGCGACCUCCGACCUGCCGUUUCUUUGCGCUAUCGCCAGUCAGGCCCUUCCUGGCGUUUGGCCUCGGAUCUCCUCCCAGUUUCCUUCGGCAAUGAACCCCUAGCUCCGCCUAUGCUGAAGCAGUAUUCGUCCAAUCUGCAGCAUUUGCCUCAGUUGCAUCCUGCGAACAAAAAGGAGUCCUUCACCAACUUAAUGUCUAGUUCAAGUGCAUCUAUACUGCCAGCUAACCUGGACGACUCUAUAUGGUCGUCAACCGGGACUAAAUCCAACCCUUUUCGCCCGAUCAACCGUAUUCGGCAGAUUCAGCGUCUCAGUCGCCGUUCUCGAACUAUUGGUCCUGUGAGGCGUGACUCGUGGCCGCACGCGGAAGCAACGGAAGAGGAUUUAGCCGGACAUUUUGCUUCGAGAAGAAUCGGGGAGGCCUCAGUCUCUUCUGCCGGCCGUGGGCUCAGUGGGCAACCCAACUGGCCUCCUCGGAUAGCAGCAAUUGCGCCUGCUCGUCCUAUUGAGUUUGUGCAGAACAGCUACCUGGUUGCGGGAGCCAAUAGCGACCAAGGCAGAUUAUACGUCGUCAAGGUGAAGAGCUUACUUAUUUAG